AGACGGUCACGCACAGUGGCACUGCCUUGCUCACCACGACACCACGCAACACUCACCGAGAGAGAGAAAUUAAUUCCUGAAAUCAUGACCGCCGUAGCCGCGAAGAAGAACGACGUCCCCAUCGAUGUCACCUGGGAAGAUCAGCGGCACAUCUGCGUCUUCUCCCGUCUGCACCGGCGUGUGCAGGCAUUGAACCGCCGUCGAAAGCUGCUCGCUGACGACAUUGAAAAGCUCGACGAUGCCAGCACCGAGGUGAUGAUCUGCGAUCAGGUGAAGUACGUCUUUGGCGAAGCCUUUGUGGAUGUGGAGUGCGACAGCGCCGUGGACCUGCUCGACACGGAGAAACAACGAAUGGAGGCGGAGAGGGAGGAGGUGGAGGCGGAGUUGCAUGAUCUGGCGGCUGCGCUGAACGAGUUAAAGGCGCAGUUGUACGCGAAGUUCGGCUCGCAGAUCUACCUCGAAGAAAAGUAG